AUGGACCUGGAAGAGGUAAAUGGUGAUCUGCUACUGGAUCACAACACCAGAACUUCUAGUCCACAACAUGGCACUCCACAAAACGAAGAAAGGUUUGAGUCGAUCCUGUACAUCUACCAAAGUGGAGGACGAGUGAAACGACCUGAAUCAGUGCCCAUCGACGUUUUUUUGAGAGAGAUGCGAUUUUUCCAGAUGGGAGAAGAUUUGAUUGAAGAGUUCUGGAUUUCCGAAGGUUAUGAGAAACCAAAGGAGACCAUUUUGCCGACCAACACUUCGCAAAGGCGACUCUGGGAACUGAUGGAGUAUCCGGACAGCUCACUGGCAGCCAGAAUCAUCGCCUUUGUGUCCGUCGCUGUCAUCACCAUUUCAAUAGUGUCGUUUUGCUGGGAAACCGUGCCAUCCGAUGGUACGCCUAAUGUCGACGCAAUCUCAUCGGCAGUCAACGCUACGUACGAGAAGGAGGAAGGUCGCAAUCUCAACAAUCCUUUCUUCUGGGUCGAACUUCUCUGUAUAGUCUGGUUCACGAUCGAACUAACACUUCGGUUUAUCAGCUGUCCAUCGAAAGUUACAUUUUUGACGUCGUUCUUAAACAUCAUAGACUUCGUUGCCAUCGCUCCAUUUUUUGUGAAUCUUAUAUGGGCUGACGCCAGCAAGUCGAACUCAUCCAUGUCUUUUACGGUGCUGCGUGUUCUUCGGCUCGUUCGAGUAUUCCGCAUAUUCAAGUUAAGCAGGCAUUCGGCUGGUCUACAAAUUCUCGGCAAAACGUUUCGCGCCUCAGUACAGGAGUUUUGUUUACUGGUUUUCUUCAUGGCGAUCGCACUUGUUCUCUUCUCAGCAGGAAUGUAUUUUGCCGAGCAAGGAGAACAAAAUUCAAAGUUCAGUUCCAUACCGGCAUCAUUUUGGUUUGUGCUGGUAAGUGGAAGCCGUACCGCACUUGAAGUCCGUCCUCGUUGUUUGGUAUAUAUAGAUAUGUAUCAUGUAUAUUAUUAUGCACUUAGGAAUAUCUGUUGUCAACUAAUACUUACAGGUGACGAUGACAACAGUUGGUACAUAUUCAGAUAUGGUGAUCUCGUACCGUUGAGCACUCAAGGCAAAAUUGUUGGAUCUAUGUGUGCCCUUAUUGGAGUGCUUACACUGGCUUUACCAGUACCGAUUAUUGUCGCGAACUUCAAGCACUUCUACCGUCAAGAGAACCGACUGGCAACGAUGUGCACCGUUGGAAAAGAUCUGGAGAAUGGGGAGGAGAGCGGCGAGGAGGACAGCUGA